UUUUUUUUUUUAUUAUUUAAACCAAAAGAAUAAAAGAAUUAUAAAAAAACAGAAUGGGUUUCAGGAUUUUACAUCUUGUUCAGCCAUUCAUGGCUAUUCUUCCAGAAAUUGCACAACCUGAUCGAAAGGUUCCUUUUAAUCAAAAAGUAAUGUGGACAGCAGUUACAUUAUUUAUUUUCUUGGUCAUGUCACAAGUCCCUCUUUAUGGCAUCAUGUCAUCUGAUUCUGCAGAUCCUCUCUUUUGGAUGAGAGUCAUUCUGGCUUCUAAUCGUGGUACACUUAUGGAAUUAGGUAUUACACCUAUUGUUACUUCAGGUAUGAUAAUGCAACUUUUGUCUGGUGCAAAUAUUAUCGAAGUCGACUAUAGUUUAAAAGAAGAUAGAGCCUUAUUCAGUGGUGCUCAAAAAUUGUUUGCUAUGAUUAUUGCUUUUGGACAUGCUACCGUAUCUGUCUUGACCGGCCUUUAUGGUAAUCCCAAGGAUAUUGGAGCUGGUGUUUGCUUGAUUUUGAUCAUUCAACUUGUCGUUGCUUCUUUGAUUACAUUAUUAUUGGAUGAAUUAUUACAAAAGGGUUAUGGUCUAGGCUCUGGCAUUAAUCUUUUCAUUGCUACAAAUAUCUGUGAAACGAUCUUUUGGAAAGCACUUUCACCUACUACUAUGGAUAGUGGUCGUGGUGAUGAAUUCGAAGGUGCAUUGAUUGCCCUUGUUCAUCUCUUAAUGACACGUAAGGAUAAGACUCGUGCACUUAAAGAAGCCUUUUAUCGUACUAAUUUGCCCAAUGUGAUGAGUCUUUUAUCAACUGCUUCUAUCUUUUUACUCGUUAUUUAUCUUCAAGGAUUCCGUGUUGAGAUUCCAGUCAAGUCAAACCGUCUUCGUGGUCAACGUGGUUCUUAUCCUGUCAAACUUUUUUAUACCUCCAACAUGCCUAUCAUGCUUCAAUCUACUUUGACUUCUAAUAUUUUCAUGAUUUCACAAAUGCUCUAUAAGCGAUUCACAGAUAACUUUUUAGUCCGUCUCUUAGGUACUUGGGAAGCUGUUGAUGGUACCUCUCAAUUAAAUGCUGUAGGUGGCAUUGCCUAUUAUCUUUCAGCUCCUCGUAGUUUCACUGCUGCUCUUUUAGAUCCUAUCCACACUGUUAUUUAUGUCAGUAUCAUGUUGACUACCUGUGCUCUCCUUUCUAAGGUCUGGAUUGAUAUCUCAGGAUCUUCUCCUCGUGAUGUUGCACGUCAAUUAAAAGAUCAACAACUUGUCAUUGCUGGUUAUCGUGAUACUUCCAUGUAUAAGGAAUUGAAACGUGUUAUCCCUGUUGCUGCAUCCUUUGGUGGUGCCUGUUUAGGUGCAGUUUCAGUCUUGGCUGAUAUGAUUGGUGCUAUUGGUUCUGGAACAGGAAUCUUAUUGUGUGUCACGAUUAUUUUCCAAUACUUUGAAAUGUUUGCUAAAGAGCAAAUGGAAGGUGGUAUAAGUUUAGAAGGAUUGAUGGCAGAAUAAAAAAAAAAAAAAAAAAAAAAAAAAAAAAAAAAGAAAAAAAA